AUAAAAUAAAUAAAAUUUGACAUAUUGCUUUGAAGCUGUCUUCGAAAAGAAAUUUUAUCGUUCGACAUUCGACUAUCGAAUUAUUAUCGAGUAUUUCUUGUUGCGAUAACAGAUUAUAGUACAUGUGGUAUUUUUGUUUCAAGUGUCAACAUUAUUAAUGUCAAUAGUGUUUUAUAUUUAUAAAUGUCAAACAUUUGAAAUAGAAAGACAUGUCCGCAAACAAGGAUAUCAGUAUAUUAAAGGAUCAAGAUGAGAAAAACAAGUUAAAAGUUUAUUGUACAUUUUGUCCAUCAAAAAUGCUUAAUGCUGGUGUAGCUCGGCUAGUUAAUAUUGAGUUUAAUCUACCCUAUAUACAUCGUAAGGGAGAGGGUGAAGCUGAUCAACAAGAACUGAUAACCGAUUAUUGGUUGGUGGAAGAUAUGUACACAUUUGAAAAUAUUGGUGUUUCUCAUACAGUAGACAAUGUAAAAUAUUUAGCAUGUGCUGAUUGUGAAAGAGGUCCAGUGGGUUGGCAUGAUGUAUCUACAAAGAAAUCGUACAUUGCGCUAAGUAGAGUUAAGCACGAAUAAUUAAAUAAAGUUAUUUUUUAAUUUUA